GAAUGGGACUCCAAUAGAUAUCUUGACAUUGAACAGUCAACCCUGUGUAGACUCUGCGCCGAGGAAACAGAAUCAAUAGAAUUUGUUUUUUGGUACUGUACUUGCGGUGGCUUGCUUUUGAAGACAGUGUGAGCAAGCAACUGAGCAAGCCUACCAUGCCGUUUGUGGAAUUCAUAGCAGGAUGCAUCUCAGGAGCAGUAGGGUUGGCUUUUGGUCAUCCAAUGGACACAGUGAAGGUGCGUCUGCAGACCCAGGUUAAAUACAAGGGGAUUUUUGACUGUGUGGCUAGGACAUACACUCGUGAAGGGAUCCCUGGGUUCUUCAAGGGCAUGACAUUUCCUGUCCUGACUACUGGCAUCACCAACGCUGUGGUCUUUGGUUCCUAUAGCAAUGCUUUAGACUGCCUCACCCAGUCCCAACGGAAUGACCGAAUCCAAGGCAACCCUGCCUCGGCAUCAGCAGUCUUCGCAGCUGGCUGUUUCUCAGGUCUGGCACAGGUGGUGGUUACUGCACCUGUUGACCUGGUGAAGGUACGCUUGCAGUCCCAGACCAAGGGCUGGGCUGGGGUCGGUGGUGACGGGUAUCGAGGUCCCAUUCACUGUGUGACUGUCAUCCUGAGGGAGGAGGGGCCAAGGGGAUUGUUUCGAGGGGGGUUGGCUCUUACCCUGAGAGAUGUACCCUGCUAUGGAAUCUACUUCUUGCCUUACGAAAUCACCUGCAGGUUUCUGACUGAAGAAGGCAAACGGCCAGGCACAUUUGCAGUAUUGAUGGCGGGUGGGGUGGCAGGCGUGGUGACGUGGGCCUUUGCCACGCCCAUGGAUGUGGUGAAAGCGCGGCUGCAGAUGUCCGGUGCUGGGGGCCGGGUGUACCAGGGGGUCCUGCACUGCAUGAGUGUGAGUCUGAAGGAGGAGGGGGUGAGAGUGUUCUUUAAGGGGCUCCUCCUGAACAGUCUGAGGGCCUUCCCUGUCAACGCCAUCACCUUCCUCAGCUAUGAGAGCCUGAUGCGUUUCCUCACCCGGCCGCCUGCAGACUGACCACAAGACUAUAUGCAUCUCCUGGAUACACUCCGGUCAGACCAAAUGAUGGAAAGAAUACCAACAUUGGAUGGGCAAACCAUUAUGUGAAAUGAACUGGUAUAUACAGUAUACCUUAGCAUGCUAUACUCAGAAUUGUAUCUGCUAAACUGGAGUUUCACACUUUUUUUGUGUUAUCCUCAAUGUGGGCACUCAGACAGGGCUCAUGAUGCUGUUUUAGUAGGACACAGUGCUGUGAUAUCAUAGGGUGUCACCAUACUUAUGGAUGUAAACUGUCAUACAGCAUCACCUCUGAGAGCUAUGAUACCAUCAGUAUUUUAUAUCAUGAGACAACAAAACCUUGAAUAUGAAAACACCUGGAAACCAAAUGUUUAUACCAAGACAUGGUGUAUUUAUGUACUGGUAUACUGUAUGAACUUCAUAGCCUUCAUUUAUAAUAACUUUGUAAUAAACAAAAUGUGAAGCAAAUGGGAAUGUAGUUGGUUUAUUACUGACAAUCAAUCCUCAAUUCAAAUCAUUGAC